AUGGAUUCCAGGACUAUAGGCAUCCUCGGCGGCGGUCAGCUGGGCCGCAUGAUGGUCGAAGCCGCUCACAGAUUAAACCUCCGCACCACCAUUCUCGACGCGGACAAUUCACCUGCGAAGCAAAUAAACGCUCUGUCUUCCCACGUUACGGGGUCGUUUAGCUCUUCCGCUGACAUACUCGAACUCUCAAAAUCUUGUGAUAUCUUGACGACCGAAAUCGAACAUGUCGAUACGAAUAUAUUAGAACAGAUCGAAAAGGAAGGGAAAGUUGAUGUCCAACCGGCAAGCGAAACCAUUAGAGUUAUUCAAGACAAGUACUUGCAAAAGGAGUUUUUCAUCAGGAACAAUGUUGCUGUGGCAGAUUCUGUUAAGAUCGAUACCCCGAGUGUGGAGGCAUUGGAAAACGUCGGGGGGGAUUUUGGGUAUCCUUUCAUGCUGAAGUCAAGGACACUUGCAUACGACGGAAGGGGUAAUUAUGUUGUCAAAUCAAAGGAGGGUGUUCCUGAAGCACUCAAGGCUCUCUCGAAUAGACCUCUAUAUGCUGAGAGGUGGGCAGAGUUCACCAUGGAGCUUGCAGUAUUGGUAGUCAAGACCCGGGAUGGAAGGACCCUAUCAUAUCCAACUGUGGAGACGAUUCAUGAGAACAAUAUUUGCAAGUUAGUCUACAUGCCAGCAAGGACUACGGUGGAUAACAGGGAGAGAGCUCAGAAGCUUGCAGAAGAAGCGAUACGACAUUUACCAGGUGCUGGUAUUUUCGGAGUCGAGAUGUUUUUGCUCAAGAACGGGACCAUUCUUGUCAAUGAAAUCGCACCUAGGCCGCACAACAGCGGCCACCAUACGAUCGAAACACAUUCGACUUCUCAAUUUGAGGCUCACAUCCGCGCUAUCCUUGACCUACCGCUACCCCCUUCUAUCACCGCCCCUCGCACUUCUACAACAUCAUCGAUUAUGUUGAACAUUCUUGGAGGACCGGAUCCGACUUCUCACCUACAAGUUUCCAAAUUGGCAUUAGAAACCCCUGGUGCCACUCUCCAUCUUUAUGGCAAAACUGAGUCUCGACCUGGUCGUAAGAUGGGUCACAUAACUGUUGUCGCUGACAGUAUUUCUGACUGCGAGACCCUUAUUGCACCCCUAGUAGCUGCAACCUCUUAUACCCCAUCACUAUCUCUUAUUCCCGCCUCCCUCCCAACGCCAUUAUCACCGAUAGCGGUCAUCAUGGGGUCUAUCUCGGAUCUACCUAUCAUGUCCGCUGCUCUAAAAACCCUUGACACCUUCAACAUUCCCACACUGCCUCGAAUUGUCUCUGCCCAUCGUAUGACACAAGAACUAUAUGAGUUCUCUACCACAGCGGAGGCACGGGGCAUUCGUGUUAUCAUUGCAGGCGCAGGUGGUGCAGCACAUUUGCCAGGAAUGUGUGCCAGUAUGACAUCAUUACCAGUCAUCGGUGUCCCAGUGAAGGGAUCCAGCCUGGAAGGAAUGGACAGUUUGCUUUCGAUUGUACAAAUGCCAAAUGGGAUACCUGUCGCCACCGUCGGUGUAAAUCGGGCAGACAAUGCUGCUUUGUUGGCAGUUAGGAUCCUCGGCGCCGGUGAAGGACGAUAUAGAGAUGCGAUGACUGGGUUCAUGAAGGGCAUGCGAGACGCAGUUGUUAAGACUGAUGAGAUGCUCAUGGAGGUUGGUUGGAAGAAGUACCUUGAGGACAAGGAGAAAGAGAAGAAAUGA